CUCGGCGCGGUCAGCGGCGCGCGGCAGGCAGUCAGUUCGGAGGGGGGGAUGCGGGGCAGGGAGGACGCGGGAGAAGGAGAAGCAGCAGCAGCAGGGGAGACUCUGGGAAGAGCAGGAGCAGCAGCAGCAGCAGCAGCAGCAGCAGAAGCAGCAGCAGCAGCAGGGGCGACCGCCGCCCUCGAGGGCAGGCAGGUCACGCCGCGCAGGGCGCCGCGCCGCUCAGCGCGGCGCCGGCGUGCUCCCGCGCCUCGCCGCGGGCGCUCCGCGGGGACUCCAGCGCCCGGGAGUCCGGGUGCUCCAGCUCGAACCUCGCCUGUCGAUCUCCGACAGCACCGCCCUCAGCACCCCGAGGUGCCUGGCGGCACGGAGGCCGCCCCCCACCGCGCCGUGCACCCCGCAGGCGCCCGGGCCGCUCUUCAGCCCCAGGGCGGCCUGCCAGGCCGUCUCGGGGCCUCCCGUCGGGGUCGGCGCCUGGUCCCCGAAGUGCUCGUGGCUGGUGCCGAACUCUUCGUGGAACUCGGGGGCCGCAACCUGCAGCUCCGCGGGCUCCGGCGGCCGGGCCGCCAGGGCGCCGCCGCGGGGGCCCACGGGGCCGCCGCGCGGCGCCAGCGUGCGGCCCAGUCCUCCGCCCCGCCGGGCAGCUCCCCCACCUCCAGGCCGGAGACCUCGUCCCUCUCGGGGCGCGGCCCCUCGAGCGCAGCGCCCGCGCCCGGGGCCCCGAGGCCUCGGCGCCCGCCCGCGGCGGCGGCGCCG